AACAUGGUUCUUGAUAAUCCGAGUCAAACUCAAACCAAUGUCAUGAAUGCAAAAGUGUUAUUAAUCGAUCUUAUGUGUCAAUAAAUGAACAUGAAAGUAGAGACGGACCCUUUUCCUCUAAUCGUGUCAUCAUCGAAGCUGGGAUUUUUUGAUUGAUGAUCACCUCACAAUGCAUGAAAUAUAGAAUCCCAUCACAUAUGUUAGUAAUUUUGUCAUAUGGAUUAGUCUAAUCAAAGCUUUUUCAGGGAAGUUUCAAACAAAUUCUUCAAUACUCCAAAAGUUCUCUAGAGUCAAGGCCCAUUAGUCUCUUACUCCUUUCCUUUUUUUUUUUUUUUUUGGGGUAAACUCUUACUCCUUUCCUUUGGAGUGUAAAGACCAAUUUUGAAAAGCUCCACUGACAGGGCAAGGCGUGUCAACAAAUUCUUAACAUCGAAUAUACUGCGAUUAACAAAAUAACCAAAACAAAACAAAGCCAUUAAGGCAAGUGGAGUUAAUACAGGGGGGAAGAGAAAGAAAAAGCGAAUGCAACGAGAGGAAAUAUGGAAGAAUCUACAGACAAGGAGGAUUGGGUGUCAGCCCCGAGUGGAGGAGGGAGAAGAAGUAGGGAGCAAAGCAAAGAGAAGGGCGGGGGGACGCCUCUUUUCUUCUUUACAGUUUACCCUGUGAUCCUCACACGAGGAAUUUGCUGCUCCUUUUUCCUGCUUUUCCUUUACCUUUCUUUUAUCAUCUCUCUCAAAAACUCUCUCUGCCCACUGAUCCUUUCUCCUCCAGCUUUACUCUUUAAGCUCCAUCUCCACCCACACUCUACUCUGUCUCACUACGCGAUUCUUCAGUCUGCUAAUUGAAGGUCUUUCCUUUCUUCUUAUGGGUUUCUUCUGCUGUGUAAAUUUUUGUUGCCCCCUCCAUGCAUAGAGUUCUUUGUGAUGUUCUUUCUGUAGUAGUUGGUUCUUUGUUUGCUUCAAUUCGACAUGGGUUUUGAUUACAUGAAAAGGGUCUUCGCUAAAUUUGGUGAGUUGUUAGUGUGUAUGUCUCUUAUGUGGGUUGAAUUCAAAGCUCCGGACUUGAACUGUAGUCAAAGAGAAUUAUGGUUGAAAAUAGUUUUACUUCUUCAUAUAUUUGUCUCGAGCUCCUUAUUUAGAGAGACUUAAGUGUUUGUCUCAUGCAAUUCUUGUGGAUCCCAUUCGCCUUUUUUGUUUAUUUGUGUUUCUUGGUCCUUUUGAUGGUGACAAUUAAAACAUAAUUGUGUGGCUUAUAGCUUCUGGUGGAUGGCAGUUUUGUUAUCUGACUUGCUGUUAACUGAAAUGUUGUUAAUGUAAAAAUUUGUGAAUGUAGGUUAUACAAUUGCUUUGAGAAUCAUCUUGGUGCUGGUAAAAAGUUGGUGAAUUUCUGAAAAGAAAGGGUCUGGUUCUCAAGGCUUGAACGUAUGCCUGCAAACCAGUACCACGGUAACUCAACCCCGUACCCAGGUCGUGUGGAGCGGCAGCUUAGAGAGAGGGAGCUGAGGGAGCUUAGGAGAAGCAUUAAGGCUGAGGCGAAUGGUAAUCAUAGUCAUAGAGGUGUUGAAUCAAGUGAAGCACUAGAGUUGCACUUCAGAGAGAGUAGUGGCCCUCAGCAGAGUUCCUAUAUUGAACAGUACGUGGAAAAAGCUGCUGCUGCCGAUGCUAGGCCUUUAAGGCAGAGGUUGCUGGUGGUAGCUAAUCGGCUGCCAGUUUCUGCUGUGAGAAGAGGUGAAGAUGCUUGGUCUUUGGAAAUUAGUGCAGGAGGUCUUGUUUCUGCUCUUCUCGGUGUGAAGGAAUUUGAGGCAAGAUGGAUAGGCUGGGCUGGGGUUAAUGUGCCUGAUGAGGUAGGCCAGAAGGCACUUACAAAAGCUUUGGCCGAAAAAAGGUGCAUUCCUGUAUUCCUUGAUGAAGAGACUGUUCAUCAGUAUUACAAUGGUUACUGCAACAAUAUACUGUGGCCUCUUUUUCACUAUCUUGGCCUUCCACAAGAAGAUCGCCUUGCCACAACAAGGAGCUUCCAGUCACAGUUUGCCACGUAUAAGAAGGCCAAUCAGAUGUUUGCUGAUGUAGUGAAUAAGCACUACGAGGAUGGCGAUGUUGUUUGGUGCCAUGAUUACCAUUUAAUGUUCCUUCCGAAAUGCCUCAAGGAAUACAACAGGAACAUGAAAGUUGGAUGGUUUCUCCACACACCUUUUCCAUCCUCCGAAAUCCACAGGACACUGCCCUCUAGAUCAGAGCUACUACGUUCAGUUCUGGCUGCAGACUUAGUAGGAUUUCAUACAUAUGACUAUGCAAGGCAUUUCGUUAGUGCUUGCACCCGUAUUCUUGGACUUGAAGGCACACCUGAAGGAGUUGAGGACCAAGGCAAGCUAACUCGGGUGGCAGCUUUUCCCAUAGGGAUAGAUUCAGAAAGGUUUAUAUCAGCCCUUAAGCUCCCUCAGGUGCAGGAGCACAUAAAAGAACUGACGGAAAGGUUUCGUGGUCGUAAGGUGAUGUUAGGGGUUGAUCGUCUUGAUAUGAUUAAGGGGAUACCACAGAAGAUACUUGCAUUCGAGAAGUUUCUUGAGGAGAACCCUUUAUGGCGUGAUAAAGUUGUUCUGCUGCAAAUUGCUGUGCCAACAAGAACCGACGUUCCUGAAUAUCAGAAACUUACAAGUCAGGUUCAUGAAAUUGUUGGCCGCAUUAAUGGCCGAUUUGGGACACUGACUGCUGUUCCAAUACAUCACCUGGAUCGAUCUCUGGAUUUUUAUGGCCUAUGUGCAUUAUAUGCUGUUACUGAUGUAGCGCUUGUAACCUCAUUGCGAGACGGGAUGAAUCUUGUUAGUUAUGAGUUUGUAGCAUGCCAAGAUUCAAAGAAAGGUGUUCUAAUUCUCAGCGAGUUUGCAGGUGCGGCACAAUCUCUAGGUGCCGGAGCAAUCCUUGUGAACCCUUGGAACAUUACCGAAGUUGCCGAUUCAAUUCGACAAGCUUUGACUAUGUCAGCUGAGGAAAGAGAGAAACGACACCAUCAUAAUUUUGACCAUGUUACAACCCACACAGCUCAAGAAUGGGCAGAAAUGUUUGUGAGUGAGCUCAAUGAUACAGUCGUCGAGGCACAACUAAGGACGAGGCAAGUCCCGCCCGGGCUUCCACAGGGAGAUGCAAUUAAAUGUUAUCUCAACUCCUGCAAUCGAUUGCUCAUACUGGGAUUCAAUGCUACAUUGACUGAGCAAGUAGAUACUCCAGGAAGAAGAGGUGAUCAAAUAAAGGAAAUGGAGCUUAAACUGCGCCCAGAUUUGAAGGGACCUCUGACGACCCUUUGCAAUGAUCCAAAGACGACUAUUGUCGUCCUCAGUGGCAGUGACACAAGUUUGUUAGAUGAGAAUUUCGGGGACUAUGAUAUGUGGCUUGCAGCAGAACACGGGAUGUUCUUACGUCUUACAAAGGGGGAGUGGAUGACAACCAUGCCGGAGCACCUAAACAUGGAGUGGGUCGACAGUGUAAAGCAAGUGUUUGAGUACUUCACGGAGCGAACACCCAGAUCACAUAUUGAACUCCGUGACACAUCGCUUGUCUGGAACUACAAAUAUGCAGACGUAGAAUUCGGGCGACUUCAAGCAAGGGACAUGCUGCAGCACCUUUGGACUGGCCCAAUUUCGAAUGCAUCUGUUGACGUCGUACAAGGUAGUCGAUCAGUCGAGGUUCGAGCUGUCGGUGUGACAAAGGGUGCGGCAAUCGAUCGUAUCUUAGGGGAAAUUGUUCAUAGCAAGCAAAUGACAACUCCUAUCGACUAUGUCUUGUGUGUCGGCCAUUUUCUGGGGAAGGAUGAAGAUGUAUACACAUUCUUCGAGCCAGAGCUCCCCUCCGAUGACCUAGGUGUGAUGAGGAGCAAGCAAACCGAUAGUACAAAGUCAUCGACACCAGGGGAAAGGAGAUCUUCAAAGCAGCUUCCAGCAAGCAAAGCAGUAGCAUCAAAAUCAUCAUCUCAUCAAGGCAACAAAAUACAGCAGCGGGCUGCUGUCUCGUCGAGUUCAGAAAAAAAGUGGGCUUCAAGUUACAUCUGCAACAGUAACGGGCGUAGCAGCAGCAGCAGUAGUAGUAGGGCAUCACCUCCAGAGAAGACCUCGUGGAAUGUUCUCGAUCUCAAGGGAGACAACUACUUCUCUUGUGCAGUUGGGAGAAAAAGAACAAACGCGCGGUAUAUGCUCGGAUCGUCGGACGAGGUCGUUUCCUUUCUGAAGAAGCUGGCCGAUGCAUCUUCAUGAAGUAGUCUUCUGAUAGAAUAAAAAUGAAGGAAUAAGAGACCAAUUUACCCGGAGAGUCCUGAAGUGCCAUCAAGAAUAAGUCUUUUUGUAGAGGCCAAGUGUUGGUAAAGUUGAUUAUAUAUAGAUGAGAUUCUAGUGUUGGAGAAGUGGCAGUUAAGAUUCCGCACCCUCCAAAAGCCAGAUAUAUAUAGAUCUCUAUUUGGAGCUUGUAUCUAGAUAUAUAUACAAUGUAUAUCAUUAUCAGAAAGAAAAUGAAGCUUCCAUAUAUAAGAUGUAAUGGCACUGUCCUUCUCCAUUUAGUCAAUAGUGCUUGAUUAAUGGGCUGACUAACAAUGUUUAAGUUCUAUGUUUGUUAAUUUGAAUUAAAGCAUUGUGUAUGA